AUGGGGCCACAUGGGCACCAGUCCUUCCUGCUGCUCCUGGCGCUCUGUGCCACAGGGGCUUUCGUCAGCACCACAGUGCUGUCUGGCCUGCCCACCACAGUGAGUGUGAUGGAGAGCGUGGGACCGGGUACGAUCAUCAUGGAGUUCAACCUGACCUGCCAGAAUGAGAGCAGCGUCCCCACUCCUGCCCCCACCCUGCAGAGCACCCCCCCGACCUCCUUCUUUAACCAACCCAUCGUCACCCGCCACACCAGCCCAACUGUCCACUACAGCGUGCAGAUCACGCUGAGCCCCAGUGCAGCGCUGGAUGCUCAGCAGGUCAAUCAGUACACACUGACCAUGGAGGCCACCUGCCCAGGGGAGAUGCCUGCCAAUGGCCAGCUCUUCGUCGUGGUCCAGACCGUGGACGGGCCCCCCCAGUGCAUGGCCAGGUUUGCUAGCCAAGUGGGGGACCUGGUGCAAGUCCCAGAGGAUGUGGCACCCCUGACGCCCAUCUACACCGUGGUCCUGCGGCGGCCGGCUAGCGGGCUGAGGUUCACCAUAGAAGACAAUGACACGCCCCUCACCAUCGACCACGCCGGGCAGGUGCUGGCACCAGGUUUAGGCUUCAUCCCAGCCCAUGCCGGCCAGGCGUUCAGGCUACAGAUCCUGGUGACCGACAGGAGCGGAAGAAACUGCAGUGGGGCCGUGACAGUGAGGGUGCUGCCCAUCCACCACCCCCGCAUCAACUUCACGGCGGAGUGGCGCAGUGUGGCCGUGCUGGAGAAGAGAGGUGCCAUGCAGCUCGUCACACAGGUCCAUGCCCAGGGAGACAACGUGCGCUAUGAGAUCAUCGCCCCAGUCGCCCACGGGCUCUACACCAUCGAUGCAGUGACUGGCGAGCUCCGCAACACCUACGAACUGGACCUGCAGCGCUCCCCAGAGGUGGCACAUACCCAACUGCUGGUGCGGGCCUACAACAUGCUGCACCCCAGUGACAGCGACACCAUGGGCCUCAACAUCACCGUGCUGUCCACGAACACACUGGCACCGCGCUGCUCCCCCGCCGUCUUCCUGGCUCAGGUAUCUGAGGACACCCCCAUCGGCUGGACUCUCGUGACGCUGACAUGCAUGGACCCAGAUGCCAGCAACAGCUCCCUGCGCUACCAGGUGGAGGGCAAUCAGCGCUCGCGCUACAGCUUCCGCAUGCAGGGUCCACAGCUGCAGGUCAACGAGACCCUGGACUACGACUCAGCUGCCAGUGCCCACUUCCAGUACGUGGCCACCAUCCUGGUAACGGACAGUGGGCAGCCCGCCCUGAGCACCCGUGUGCCCGUGCUGGUGACGGUGACUCCGAAGAACGAGCACUCACCUGCGUGCCCAGCCAGCGCCAUGUUCAGCGUGCCAGAGGAUGCUGCCUUCGGCGACACAGUGGGCCGGGUGAAUGGCACGGACCUGGACUACCCCUUCGACAACAUUGAGUACAGAAUUGCUGGGGGUGCCGGCGCCAGCCCGCCCGCCUUCUAUAUCGGCCCACGCACCGGUGAAAUUCACGUGCUCGGGCCCCUGGACUACGAGAGCAAGCAGGUCUAUAUCCUGACUGUGCAGCUGCAGGAUGUGGCCAAUGAUGCAGACCCACGGCACCAGCGCAGGGUGCUGUGUGACAUCACCAUCCAAGUGCAGGACACCAAUGACCAGCCCCCGCGCUGCACGCCCCCAUUCCAGGAGUUCUUCAUCUACUCCACCCGGGACCCCAGCCUGCCCCUCGCGCAGUUGCAGUGCUCUGAUGAGGACAAGAGCACCGUGCUGCCCCUGACCUACACCCUUGUGGGAGGCAACACCAAUGAGCGCUUCCGGCUGGCGGGCAGCACCCUGCUGCACUCCGCUUUCUCCUACCCACCCGACAGCAUCCGUGAGCCCCACAUCUUCGAGCUGCUGGUGGAGGUGACGGACAGCCUCAGCGCGCCUCGCCACAGCACCACAGCCACACUGGUCGUGCACGUGACGCCCUGGGCCACUACCACUCCCAGCACCACCACUACGCGCACAACCCUGCAGAAGAAGCCGCUAGUUGUCACCCGCAUCGAGCGGUUCUGGGCACCCUCACCCUGGUUCGUGGCGGUGCUGACCGUCUCCAUGGUGCUGCUGCUGGUGGCGCUGGCAUGGCUGUCGUGGAAACUCCUGUGCAGGCCUGCUCCAGGCAAGUCAGCGCAGCCACUCCUACAGGACAGGGCCUCGUCAGACUCACAUGUGGCAAAGAACAACGCAGCCCCGGGAGAGCUGGACAAGGAGACAGGCCGCGCCAGCGACCUCAGCCUGCAGGAGCAGUUUGAUGGCCGUGCCCAGGACCCCAUUACAGGUCAGGAUUACCUCUUCAACAGCAGCACCGGAGCGCGCCGCUGGGUCUGA